CCACUGCUGAUAACAUUGUCUAAAUUGUUUUAUAAAAAAAACUUCAAAUUAAAAAGUAAGAAUGGAAUGUGGCGAUUCCGAUCACUCAAAAGCAUUGAGAGCAGUCUAGUACUCACAAAGCGAAUUCGAAUCCUUCAAAUUGUUACUAAGCCUCAGCUUGCGUGUGUGUAUAAGCAAAAUAUAAAAGUAUAAGCAAAAGCAUCAAACACUUCAAAGACACCUACUUAAAAAGCUUAAGCAUUCCAAAAUAGGCCAUCAAUUGGCCGAAACUGAAGCCACAGUAGGCAGAAAGCACAGGGAGUUCCAGAGCGAUUAACACUUGUUUGGAAAUCACAAACGCAGGCAGUUUAAAUUCACACUGGAUCAGCCGCAGGAGAUGGAAAUUGAUGCGCAAUCAGCGCAACGACCCAGCGAGAAUAAUCUUCAUCGACAAAACUCCUUCAGCGUUGCCCACUCGGAGUCAUCAAUGAAUUUCGACUAUUUGCAAGGUCUUCGUUCAGGCACUGUGCCUUCCACAUCCACAGCAGUCUCUGGCCCCAGUGACAAUGGAAGCAACAACUCAUAUGGACUAGUCGACGACAGUAGAGCACUGGACAGAUCUAUAAAUACCAAUGAGAGAUUUGUUAACAUAAUGGAUCAGAUUGAUGCACGUGUAGAGAAGCUUCGCAAAGAUGCUCUUAAUUUACAAGAGAUGAAAGACUAUCUCUUAAUGUCUAUGGAUCUGAUUAAGAGCAACGAAAUGCUUCAGAAGAUGAGAGAGUCCGAGCGCGAGGAGGUCAUGCUGUACAUACAUCGAGUCAGUUCACGCCUAGGAACGGUUGAAUUAAAUGUGCGCACUGUGCGUGACAACUCUCAGGAGGACUCGCUUAGUCAAAUAAAUUCUUUGAUCGACACUAUGAUAAAAGUGGGAGAUCCUGUGAUCGCCCGCCAACGUUGCCAGCUGUACUUGAACGCCUGCUGCACUAGUGCCAUGGACCCGUCUGGACAACUGGACACCUUGUACGAGGCUGAUGUCGGGCCGAUCGACAAGAAAUUUGAGAGCGCCCUACUUGGUUGUACCUUGGACGACCAGAAGAAUAUAAAGAAGCGAUUGCAGGCUUUAAUGGGUUACUUAAACAAGCAAACUGUUAGCCAUUAACUUGAUUGUUUUUGAUCUUUUUAAAGUAUAUACAUAGCAUUAUUAUCAAACCAAAACGAAUCACAUUACCAAAUAAAAACAAGUGAAAAAAUACACUGAAUAAAAACCA